AUGGAGGUAAACAGGACCCCGGACAGAGCCAGCCACUCGAGAGGCGCGCAGGAAAAGGCAGCUGGAAAGCAGGUGCCGGCCCUCUCCGUGCAAGGCAGGGAGGAAGGGGAAACUGAGGCCCGGCGCCCCCCGCGCGGCGCGGCGCACCAGCCAGCGCGCCCCCGCCCCGCCCCGGCGCCUACUGUGUGCGGCGGGCAGCGGCCGGGCCGGGUCAGGCUGUUCUCAGCGCUCGUCCCCUCCUCCCCCUCCCCCGUCCCCCGCCGGACCUCUCCCACGACCGGGGAGGAAGUGCGAGAAACGGACAGAGAAAAGUUGGGUCGGGCCAGCGCCGCCGCGCUCCCCAUCGCCGCCCCUGCGGGGCCACGCAGACCCUGGCGCGGGCGGCCCGCGGGACCCAGGCGUCCGGGGCCCGGCGCCCGUGCAGCCCCGCGGCCCGCCGCCGGAGCGCGGCCUCGGGAGGGCCGGCGCCCGGCCCGGGUCCCCGCGCGCUCGCCCCCCGCGCCCCCGCCCCCGCCGCCCGCGCCGCCGCGACCCACGCCCGCGCCGGUCCUCGCAGUGCGCACAGCCCUCCCCGCCCCCGCUGCCAUCCUGCCACGCCCCGGGCGUCGGGGGCACAGCCCGCGCCCCCCCGCGCCCGCCCCUGCGCAGAGGCUGGGGGCCUGUUUAUCUGGAGGCCCCCACCCCCCCUCCACCCCGGGGGGCCCGCUCCCCCCGCGCCCCGGGGAGCUCUGGGGCCAGAUAAGCUGGCAAGCUGGCACGGCGCCGCGCAGCGGGGCGGAGAGUUACUGUAGGGCAGUGACGCCGCCGCCGCCGCCGGAGCGAGGGAGCGACGAGGGGAGAGCGCGAGAGGCGGAGAGCCGGAGACGCGGACCCCGGAGGCGAGCGGCCGAGGAGCCCAGUCCCAACUCCGGGCCCCGGCCCCUCGCGCCCCGGCCCGGCCCGGCCCCGGCCCGGCCGCGCGAGGUGGCAGGCGGCUCGGACUACAAGUCCCAGGGUGCCUCGCGCCGGCGGCCCGCCGCGGUCCGCGGCCCGGGUGGGGAUUGGCCGCCGGCGGCGGGGGGUGGCGCGGGGCCAGGCUCACUGCCGCCUCCCGGCCCCUCGGAGGGAGCCAGCCCAGCCGCAGCCGCCGCCACCGCCGCCGCCGGGGCCGGGCCCCCUCGCCGCUGCCCCGGGAAGGAGGCCUGGGAACCCGGCAGGGGCCUGAGCCGGGCGCCGGGGCCGGUGCACCCCCAGGCGCAGGCCUUUGCGGGUUCUGGGAGGCUCUGCCCGCGCUGGCUGGCUGCGGGGGAGCUCGGCGGACCGCAGCGAGAGACUGCUGUCCAACCAGGCUGGGGCACCCACUGCCUCCGGGAGCAGGGCCGGCUGGAGAGGGCAUCCGGGAUUCCAUGUCAGCCCCCCCCCAACAACACGGCCAGGGCGUAA